AGUCUGAAUGUCCAGGUGGAAGAGGUGCGUAUCCGGGCCAUCUCGUCCCAGCGUAAAAGGGUCCCUCUGACGGAGGGCUACCUGGAGGUGAAGGACGGGGGGAAGUGGAGACAGAUCUGUGACUUGGAGUGGACUGAGAUGAACAGCCGGGUCAUCUGUGGGAUGUACGGUUUCCCUGGAGAGAAAGGAUACAACACUAAAGUCUACAAGUGAGCAGCAUAAGAGAAAAGAGGGAAAGAUACAUGUAGACUUCAUGAAGUGCUCCCAAAUGUGUGUGUCUCUCUCUCAUCAUAUUCCAUUUAGUUGGACUCGAGUGAUAGCCCGUGCAUGCGCACACGAAAAGUUUUGCUCAAGCCCAACAAAAUGUAAUAUAACGUUGCGAUAAAGUUUGGAAUUACACAAUUUCAUGUGUACAACAUCUAAAGACCUGCACACUUCUAUAUCAUGCCAUUUACAUCCAAAAUACAGAUUUAGUAAAAUAAAAUAAAAAAAGACAAAAAAAUGGGAAUCUCUCCUUUAAAUGUGCCAGAUUGUUUAUUCCAGCAGGCAGCCAUAUCAUUCUGGCCUGUAUCCCUCUAUUGGCUCUCUUCUAGGGGAGGGGGUCGGUCCUUGCACCACCAGAUGCUGUUGGAAGUAGUGUGGGGGGCCAGUAGGGGCACUCAUCCCAUUUGGUGGCCCUACAAAGGGUCCUGUCCCUCACAUGAGACAUUAAACUAAAGCUCUGACUCUCAGUGGUCACUAAAACUCAUGUGGCACUUGUGAGAGAAGUGGUGUUAACUGGAGCAGAAGAGAAAGUGGUUGGGCAACAAUCACACUUUGUGUGUGUCCACUAAUAUUCCCACAAAAGUAUUUUGUUUCACACUUGGACCAUGAAUGACUUGGACCAUGAAUGACUUGGACCAUGAAUGAGAAAACAUCUCUACUGGGAAAACCUUACUAUUACUGGUCCAUUACUGUGGACUAGCCCCUUCAUCUUUUACAGGCUAUGAGAGCAGAGUCAGGAGGGUCAGCUUGUAAAGUUUAAUAUUAGCACUCCAUCAACCCUUAAGACAAGAUGAUUAUAACCUAAAAUGUUAUAUCUUGUGUUCACUUCUGUUGGUCUGACUGCGUCUGUGCAGGAUUUGAUAGCUUGGACCUAAGUCUUUAAAUGUAGGACAUGCUGUUUUCAUUAAAUACUCUAGUUGACUGGAAGGAAGAAAAGCCCUGGGUUACGUCCCAAAUGGCACCCUAUUCCCUACAUAGUGUACUACUUUUGACCAGAGCCCUAUAGACCUUGGUCAAAAGUAGUGCACUAUAGGGUAUAGGGUACCAUUUGGGAUUAAGCCCUGGCCUCUCUUCCUAGCCCACUAUAGUUGAGCUGAGCCCCUCUGACCUCCUUGACAGAUUACUUCCAUUUGACUCUUAAAAGGACUGGUAAUGGGAAUCACAGGGGGUGGGACCUUAAUUGGGGAGGACGGGCUCGUGGUAAUGGAAUCAGUGGAAUGGUAUCAAAUACAUCAAACAUAUGGUUUCCAUGUGUUUGAUGCCAUUCCAUUUGCUCCAUUUCAGCCAUUAUUAUGAGCCGUCUUCCCGUCAUCAGCCUCCACUGUUGGGAAUUGCAUAUCGUUUUGACUACAAUACUGCCAUUGUACUUUGUACUAAAACAGUCAAUAAAAAAAGUUUACAAUUCCCAAGUUGAACUGGGGAAAUGUCUUAAUUCAUGAGGGGUAGGGUAGUGUUUUAUGUAUUAAAAAACAAAACAUUUUGUAUAAUGUUUCCUCAUCAGGUACUGUAGACAAUAUCAUGUUUUCACAGCAGGCUAAAAGAUGAAAAUGUACCAUUUCAAUUCAGUGCAUUUCAACUAAAUUCUAUUCAAAUCGACUCAACUCAAUCUCUUUGUUCUCCUGUCUCAGGCUGCUGGCUAAGCGCAGGAAGAAGAACUACUGGGGCUUCGGGGUGAACUGCACGGGGAACGAGGCUAGCCUGCACGGCUGUAAGCUGGGCCACAAGGUGGAGCUGAGGAAUAAUGCCACCUGUGAGAAGGGCUUGCCCGUGGUGGUCAGCUGUGUCCCAGGACGGGCCUUUGCGCCCAGCCACGCCCAGGGCUUCAGCGAGGCCUACAGGGUGGAGGUAGGUUGGAUCAUCUGGAACGAGAGAGAGCAUAUAAUUGUGAUUCAUAGGACCUCUAUGCAAGAGACUGCUUAUGAUGGAGACGUCUCUGGCCUUUUAUCUUGUAUUGAAAUUGAAAGCAUUCAGAAGAGGAGAAAAUUAUGAAAGACAAACCUUAGUUGUUAAUGUUAAUUAAUGAAACGAAGCAGUUACAAUUACAGUUUGAUUUAGUGAUCUUUCCUAUAAAAUCCACUCUUUGAUUUCUGCAUUCUGCCUUGUGCUGUUUUGUAUCACGUUGCAUGUGAUUCAACUUAGAGACUCCAGCUGCAGAACACUGUGUUCGAACACUUCACAGAUGAGUCAUGGGCUCUGGACAAAAGAAAAAAUAGAUACACUGGGAUCUCAAACUCUCUCUCCCUUUCUCUGUCUGUGAUUCACAAUAAGCUCCGAUGUAUGGAACAAUAUGAUACUGUUUAUCUUUGUGUGGUUCUACUAACAAAAUCCAUAUAUGAGUUAAUGGACUGUUUCAGUAAAAAAACAUACACACGUCUCGAAGUAAUUGGAUAUUUUAAAAACUAUGCCAAGUGAUUGUAAACUAUUGUUUCUCAUUAACAGUAGGCCUAACACCAUUAAUUGUUUCCGCAGCAACCCCUGGUGCGUUUGAGAGGCGGGGCCAACAUAGGGGAGGGGCGAGUGGAAGUGCUGAAAAAUGGUGAAUGGGGCACCGUCUGCGAUGACAGCUGGAACCUGAAGGCAGCCACCGUGGUGUGUCGAGAACUGGGCUUCGGUAGUGCCAAGGAGGCCCUCGCUGGAGGCAAGCUGGGACAAGGUAGGUCUCUACUCUCUCUCUCUGUCUCUCUCUCCCAUUCAAGUACAUGAAUCUUCUGUAAUGGAAUAUGGAAGCAUUUAUCCAUAGUGAUCCAAGUCUCAGACCAACCACCUCUGCCAUCCACUAUUCAGAUACUGUAUAAUCACACAGUAACAGAGGAUACUUUUCUGUUUUUCUUGAUCUGCUGUCAGUCUGUGUCUUGUACCACCUUGGCUCUAGUUACAGAGCAAACACUGCCAGAGAAAUGUUCCUGUCCAGUCACAUGCUGGAGACAGGACACAGCAGGAAGGGAGUGAUCACAUAUUAUUGUGGAAAAUCCAUUUUUGUUCACAUGAAUUAUUUUGACUUGACAAAGUUUUAAAAAGAGAGAGGAGAGCGAGAACAGUUCAAUGUUCCCAAGUGCCCCUCUUGAAUGGGUCAGAGUUGGCUUAAAAUUGGCAGGAGAGUUCAUAUCCACUCUCAGUGUGAUUUCUACUCCUGUUAGGCAUCAUUGCUAUGCAAUUAAACAUAGUGGGCCGGUUUCCCAGACACAGAUUAAGCCUAGUCCUGAACUAAAAAGCUCUUUCAUUGGAGGGCUCUCCAUUGAGAAUGCUUUUUAGUCCUGAACUACGUUAAAUCAUUAUCUGGGAAACCAGUCCAGUGUCCUGGAUUAUUGAAAGCAUUGUAGAAAAGGCUUAUGGAGUUGGUGGAAUCGUCCUUUAAUUCAUGGCCACUUGCGCAGCUGGGCCAGAGCGCUUUAAUUAGAUCAGGUGGAAAUGUCAGACAGAGCUCAACUCAUUAAAAGGAGGAAAUCGCCACUGCCCGACCUCGCUGCUUUCUCUUCCCCAACUCUGUGCGUCCACGAAUCAACGUAAAUCCACCAAAUCUGUUAUCUUUCAUCUGAUCUAUCUGUUGUGAUCUGGAGGGCGGGCCAUAAGUUAUUGUUUAUAUUUAUUACAGCGGAGCGCGGCUUGGAGCGCACACUUCAACCCUAUUGUGUUAUGUCAAUGGACAAUGAUCACUGCCCUGCAGAUAAUCACAGGCCAAUUAUUCCAUUGAAAUCUGGUUAUAAUGUAAUGAAAUGACAUGUACAUAUGAAGACAAACCUGGAAGGAUGAAAUAUGAAACUUAAUUAUUAUUUGCUACAUUGAUAAAUCAUGAUAUAAAAUUGAUUGAGAUUAUAGAUUGAAUAAUUGAUAACUGAUAGAUUUAUUUGCAUUAUCAUUAUCAAGUGUAGCUCAGCUGGUAGAGCAUGGCGCUUACAACGCCAGGGUUGUGGGUUCGAUUCCCACGGGGGGCCAGUAUGAAAAAUGUAUGCACUCACUAACUGUAAGUCGCUCUGGAUAAGAGCGUCUGCUAAAUGACUAAAAUGUAAUGAUCAUGCUUCAUAUUAAAUUACUGAAUUACCUCGUUGUCACGAUCGUCUAAUGAGGGAGACCAAGGCGCAGCGUUGCGGGUGAACAUAUUUAUAUUUAUUACUAUAUCACACGAUCAAAACAAAGAACGAAACGUGAAGUCCUUCGAUACCAAACCAAAAGGAACAAGAAACCACAAAACACAAAGUGCAAGACAAACAGUUAAAUAUGGCUCCCAAUCAGAGACACCCAGCUGACACUCGUUGCCUCUGAUUGGGAGUCACUCAGCCCAACAUAGAAAAUUAAACAUAGACUUACACACCCUGGCUCAACAUAACAUAGUCCCCAGAGCCAGGGCGUGACAGUACCCCCCCCCAAAGGCGCGGACUCCGGCCGCGCCAAACAACCACAACAGGGGAGGGACCGGGUGGGCACUCCGCCUCGGCGGCGGAUCCGGCUCCGGACAUGACCCAGGCACGGGUUGUGCUGGACUGACGACGCACACCCCUGGCUUGAUGCGUGGAGGAGGAACGGGCCGGACCGGGCUGACGAAGCGCACCCCUGACUUGGUGCGGGGAGCAGGAAUGAGCCGGGCCGGGCUGACAUCGCACACCAUUGACCCGGUGCGGGGAGCUUGGACGGGCCGGACCGGGCUGGCGACGCGCACCACAGACUUGGUGCGGAGAGCAGGAACGGGCCGGACAGGGCUGACGACGCACACCACUGGCUUGGUGCGGGAAGCUUGGAUGGGCCGGACUGGGCUGGCGACGCGCACCACAGACUUGGUGCGGAGAGCAGGAACGGGCCGUGCCGGACUGACGACGCACACCACUGGCUUGGUGCGGGAAGCUUGGAUGGGCCGGACUGGGCUGGCGACGCGCACCACAGACUUGGUGCGGAGAGCAGGAACGGGCCGGGCUGGGCUGUCGACGCACACCGUAGGCUUUGUGCGUGGAGCAGGAACAGGCCGGGCUGGGCUGUCGACACGCACCACUGACUUGGUGGGAAUGGCAGGAAAAGGCCGGGCUGGGCUGUCGACGCGCACCACUGACUUGGUGGGAAUGGCAGGAACAGGCCGGGCCGGGCUGACGACGCGCACCACUGACUUGGUGGGAAUGGCAGGAACAGGCCGGGCUGGGCUGACGACGCGCACCACUGACUUGGUGGGAAUGGCAGGAACAGGCCGGACCGUACUGGGGACACACACCACUGGCCCCACGCAGGGAUCAGGAACGGGCCGGACCGGACUGGUAACACACCCCAGUACCUCUCGCCGUGCCUCCACACUUUCCCUCUCCUCUGUGCCCAGUGGCCCCCCUAACCUGGCGGCCUUCUCUGCCAACGCUUUGCACCGCUCUAACCCGUACACCUGCUGGCCCGACGUCGUGAGCCCCCCCCUAAAAAUUUCCUGGGGGUCUCUCCUCCCUCUUGCCAGACUCGCAAUCAUCUCCUCCCACGUCCAUCCUCUCUCCUCGUCCCGCUGCUUGAUCCAGUCGAGGUUGCCACGGAGAUCUGCCAGCGAUGGCUCCUGAACACGCUGCUUGGUCUGGUUAAGGUGGUUUCUUCUGUCACGAUCGUCUAAUGAGGGAGACCAAGGCGCAGCGUUGCGGGUGAACAUAUUUAUAUUUAUUACUAUAUCACACGAUCAAAACAAAGAACGAAACGUGAAGUCCUUCGAUACCAAACCAAAAGGAACAAGAAACCACAAAACACAAAGUGCAAGACAAACAGUUAAAUAUGGCUCCCAAUCAGAGACACCCAGCUGACACUCGUUGCCUCUGAUUGGGAGUCACUCAGCCCAACAUAGAAAAUUAAACAUAGACUUACACACCCUGGCUCAACAUAACAUAGUCCCCAGAGCCAGGGCGUGACACUCGUUAUGUUAAUAAUGAGAAUGAUUGUUAUGAUUUGACUUUUGUGAUUAUGAAUUGAUUGGAUACAUGUUAUUAUGUUUCCUUUGUUAUGUAGCACAGACAAACUACCCAGUAAAUAUACCACUUUGUGGUUAAAGGAAUUUCCGCCUCAUUCUCCUCCAUUCCUCUCAGUCACCUGACCCGUGACCACCUGUUCACCUUCACUAUUGUCAGUCAUCCUACCUGUCCAGCUACCCACACAGAUUAUAAUAAUAUUUCAAUGGUCCUUCGAGCCGGAUGAUGACUGAACCAAAGAAAAGGAAAUGGAGGAGGAGAAGGAAGAAUUGUCUCCACUGGAAGGAAGGAGAGAGGAAGAAAUACCAGCUGAGGCUAAAGAUGAGGGUAAUGUCCUGGAACAAAUAAAAGAUCCAGGAACUAAGCUUAAAACACGAAAGAAGGCUUCAUCUUCAACCACCAGCAGCACCAAGAGAACCAGACAACCACCUGUUUAUCUUAAGGAUGAUGUGGUGGAGUUUCCCCCACCAAAGGGCAAGCCCACUAGGGCUUAAAGUAGCAAUGGAUCAACUGUACAUUUCAGCCAUCAACCAUCCCGUCCAAGCCAAGGACCGGAAACUGCUUUGGAACGGGAGAGUGGUCUACAGGAAGAACCCAUGGAAGAGGUAUCUCCCACAGCACAGGUCGACCAGCUCCCCAAGGCGGGCUCCGCUCACCCCUUAUGUAAUGGGAAAUCGUUCAGGCACUCUAGACGGAGUGAGAGUUUGACCGGUGGAUACCCCUUUGGAGGUGGCCAUGGCAGCCGCCAUUCACUAGCCCUCAGCGAUUCACAGACCGCUGUCCUACGAGAGAGGAUGAAACUACUAGCGUUGGAGGAAAUUGAGCGUCAGAUUGAGGAGGAACGACAGGCUGAUGAACGAUGUCACCUAUUGGAUGUGCAGGCCCGUAGAGCUCUACAGGAAUGGAAAUUCAUUGCCAAAGACCUGGCACAGCAGCGGCGCCGCCGUCAAGCAAGAUGGGAAUUGGAGGAGGCACGGAUGGUCUCAUCCUUCCUGGAGAGGAACGAACAGGGAGUUGACCUGACCACCACUCCACAUGGACCUGACCUGUCUGCCUUUCUUUCCCAAUCUGCUCCUCUGGUACAGUAUGGGACACAGUCCCCGGAGGCUCCACGGUCAACAGCCAGCAUGGACCACGGGGGACAGGCCGCUCUAUGCCAGUGACACAAGUUAGCAUUCCUCCUCCAUCUAGCCAAAGCACCUCUCCUUCACCUUUCCGCCAAUUACCAACAACGGCAAAUCAUUCCUCUCGUCCAGGGCCUGUACCAGGCCAGUCAUCAACCAUCAGGGGGGAGAGCUCUCACUCGAUUCAGGCUGCCACCAAUGGAGGGUCUGGGCUGGUAGGGGAAAAGACCAACGAGGCCACAGUGAGCUCCUCAGCAGUCCCGGGUUAUCCUUCACGCAACCAGAAGAGGGAGCCAAUAUCAUGAAACUGCUUGUAGCCUCAGCCUAUGGAAUUCCCAGACCCAGACUGCCAUACUUUGAGAGCAGAAAGGAGAGUGAUUUUGUCCUCUUGAAAAUGGCAUUGGAGAGUCUACUGGGUUUUCACAGUCAUCUGUCAGAAUGCCUCAAAUGCCAAGUGCUGAUGGAUCACUUGCGGUUUCCCAGUGCAUACAAGCUGGCCAAAUCCUUUAUGCACUCCGCAACACCAUACACUGCCACUCUCCAGGCCCUGAAAGCGAGAUAUGGUGAGCCACGCCAGCUAGUCUAGAAUGAACUAAACAACAUCCUGAGUACGUCUCCAAUCAAAACAGUAGACCAUGCUGCCUUCCAGGAGUUCUCCCUUGCUGUCCAAUCCCUGACCUCGACGCUCCAAUCCGUUGAAGGAGAGGACGGGAACGAGCUGAAAUGUGGCUCCCACGUAGACAGGCUCCUUGGCAAGCAUCCAGCCCAACUCAGAGACAGUUUCAUCAAACAUUGUUUGAACAAAGGCAUCCUGAAAGAGGGCUCGAGAGGCACCUACGCCCUCAAAGACCUGGCAGUAUGGUUGCAGGUGAAGGCGAGGGUGAAGAGCAUCGCUCACCAGGCCACAAUCUCAGCCCCAGCCUCUGGGGUAAGGAAGGAGUUUGAACGCUAGGAAGGUCAUAAAAGGCAGAAUCCCACUACCAUGUACUUAAAUAGUGAAGCCGGGGAGGAACCUGGAAGGGAGGAACCGGAAAGAAGACCUCUCUCAAGAACAUCAAAUUCCAGCCUUACUGUCCCUAUUGCAAUAGUAAGGGGCACUUUCCUGGGCUCAUGCGCCAGGGUACAAAAGCUCACUCGACCCCAAUUGAAGCCCUGGAUAACUUCAGGCGAGCGAUGCUACAAGUGUGCCCGUAGCCAUAAAGCCCAGACCUGCACAUUGAGGAAACCCUGCAAUCGCUGUAAGGAAAUCCAUCUCACAGUGUUGCAUGAUGUAAUUCACUAAGCAGUGAAGGAGCAGAGUAUGCUCAUGGUAGGAGCCGCAAAGGAGCUCAACCUCGAGCAGCAGAACCGGUCUCCAAGGGUCAUGUUGAAGGUGGUAAAGGUCACUCUGCAAAGCGAAGGGAGGAGCAUGGAUACAUUCUCCGUGCUAGAUGAUUGGUUUGAAAGAACAAUCAUUCUCCCAGCUGCCGCCUGGCAGCUUAACCUGGAGGGGACUCCCGAGAUCCUUAACCUCAGAACGGUGCGACAUGAUAUUAUCCAAGAGAAAGGCUCUUCCGUCACCUUCUGCGUUUCACCUUCAGGACAGAGGGACGUGGCUACAACAUCACUAAUGCCUUCACGGCAGAUGGCCUGAAUCUCGCAGAGCACUCCUGCCCGGUGAGUGUUCUACAGAAGCAAUAUCCUCACCUCAGAGGACUGCCUCUUCCUAACAUGGCCAGGGUUGCACCACUCAUCCUGAUCGGGCAGACCACCCACACCUCGUUACCCCAACCGAGCCUAUACGAGCUGGACCAGAAGGAGGGCCCAUUGCUGUCCAUACAUCCUUGGGUUGGGCUGUGCAGGGUCCAGCCCAUCUACUUAUCUCUACCCAAGCUGUAUAGUCACAGCAAGUCCUCUUUACCAGAAGCAGUCCAGCUUCAUCUCCCUGUCCAGCUACUGACCUCCUUCGGAAUGUGGAGAUGCUCUGGAAGAUGGACACCUUCUCCAACCGGAAGCUACAGGAGGUCACCCGUUCGAAACAUGACUCCUAUGCAUUAGACCUCCUGGAGAAGCACACCACCACCACUGAAAUGGAUGGCGUUCAGAGGUACGCGACCCCACUGCUACGGGUGCCCAACCAUCCUCCUCUGGCAACCACAACACGAGCUGUACUCCCAAUACUCCGCUGAACGGAGCGGCAACUGGUGAAGAAUCCUGAGCAUGCUGAAGUUCAGAACUGAGAGAUUCAUAACCUUGUGAAGGCAGGCUAUGUCACCAUGUUAUCCAGCACCUCCCGCCACAAGCCAGGUCCAGUAGCUGUGAAUUAUGGCUGUCGCAGUCUGGCGCUAACCCACAAGAGCCCACUCUAGGACUGAGAUGGAGUUGCAUACUGGAUACCCUGGGGUACAAGCACCACUCAGCCCUGAGCACCGAAACCCCCACUCUGCGCAUCAUCUAUCGGACCCUGGCCAAUCAAUACGAUCCCCUCGGGUAUAUCCUGCCAUACACAACCCGGGCCAAAGUCUUAGUCCAGGACCUGUGGCAGACCAAGAGGAACUGGGAUGAACCAAUCCACCCGGCUGACCUAAUUAAUAUUUGCUACAUUGAUAAAUCCUGAUAUCAAACUGAUUGAGAUUAUAGACUGAAUAAUUGAUAACUGAUCGAUUUAUUUGGAUUAUCAUUCUCAUGAUUAUGAUAAAUGGUUAUGAUCCUAAGUGACUCAAUCAUGCUUCAUAUUGAAUUCCUAUUGAACUGAAUUAUUGAAUUACCUCAUUAUGUUAAUAAUGAGAAUGAUUGUUAUGAUUUUACUUUUGUGAUUAUGAAUUGAUUGGAUACAUGUUAUUCUCUUUCCUUUGUUAUGUAGCACAGACAAACUACCCAGUAAAUAUACCACUUUGUGUUUAAAGGAAUUCCUGCCUCAUUCUCCUCCAUUCCUCUCAGUCACCUGACCCGUGACCACCUGUUCACCUUCACUAUAGUCAGUCAUCCUACCUGUCCAGCUACCUACACAGAUUAUAAUAAUCUUUCAAGCAUAGAGAUACAUAUUUCAUUCUGGGAUUGAGAGAGUGGGAUGAAUCUGACUCCCAGUGUGUCUUCUCUCCCCUGUAGGAAUGGGCCUGGUCCAUAUGAACGAGGUGAAGUGCUCUGGCUUUGAGAAAUCCCUGACAGAGUGCUACUUCAACAGAGAUGCCCUGGGCUGCAGUCACGAGGAGGAUGCUGCAGUUAGAUGUAAUGUUCCUGCCAUGGGCUUCCAGAACAGAGUGAGUAGGCCUAGUACAUGCCCACCACAUGUUGUUGCUUACAGUGCAUUCGGAAAGUAUUCAGACCCAUUCAGACCCCUUGACUUUUUCCACAUUUUGUUACGUUACAGCCUUAUUCGAAAAUGGAUAAAAGUAAAUUUUUCCCUCAUAAAUCUACACACAAUACCCCAUAAUGACAAAGCGAAAACAGGUUUUUGAAAAGUUUGCAAAUGUAUUAAAAUAAAAAAUAGAAAUACCUUUAUUACAUAAUAAUUUGACCCUUUGCUAUGAGACUCGAAAUUGAGCUCAGGUGCAUCCUAUUUCCAUUGAUCAUCCUUGAGAUGUUUCUACAACUUGAUUGGAGUCCACCUGUGUUAAAUUCAAUUGAUUGGACAUGAUUUGGAAAGGCACACACCUGUCUAUUUAAAGUCCCACAGUUGACAGUGCAUGUCAGAGCAAAAACCAAGCCCGUAGAGCUUCGAGACAGGAUUGUGUCGAGGCACAGAUCUGGGGAAGGGUACCGAAACAUUUCUGCAGCAUUGAAGGUCCACAAGAACACAGUUGCCCCCAUCAUUCUUAAAUGGAAGAAGUUUGGAACCACCAAGACUCUUCCUAGAGCUGGCCGCCCGGCCAAACUGAGCAAUUGGGAGAGAAGGGCCUUGGUCAGGGAGGUGACCAAGAAACCGAUGGUCACUCUGACAGAGCUCCAGAGUUCCUCUGUGGAGAUGGGAGAACCUUCCAGAAGGACAACCAUCUCUGCAGCACUCCACCAAUCAGGCCUUUAUGGUAGAGUGGCCAGACGGAAGCCACUCCUCAGUAAAAGGCACAUGACAGCCCGCUUGGAGUUUGCCAAAAGGCACCUAAAGGACUCUCAGACCAUGAGAAAAAAGAUUCUCUGGUCUGAUGAAACCAAGAUUGAACUCUUUGGCCUGAAUGCCAAGUGUCACGUCUGGAGGAAACCAGGCACCGCUCAUCACCUGGCCAAUACCAUCCCUACGGUGAAGCAUGGUGGUGGCAGCAUUAUGCUGUGGGGAUGUUUUUCAGCGGCAGAGACUGGGAGACUAGUCAGGAUCGAGGCAACGAUGAACGGAGCAAAGUACAGAGAGAUCCUUGAUGAAAACCUGCUCCAGAGCGCUCAGGACCUCAGACUGGGGCGAAGGUUCACCUUCCAACAGGACAACAACCCUAAGCACACAGCCAAGACAAAGCAGGAGUGGCUACGGGACAAGCCUCUGAAUGUCCUUGAGUGGCCCAGCCAGAACCCAAUCCAACAUCUCUGGAGAGACCUGAAAAUAGCUGUGCAGCGACGCUCCCCAUCCAACCUGACAGAGCUUGAGAGGAUCUUUCCGAAUACACUGUAUGGGUAUUACACAAUGAUUUAUAUAAACCCUGGAUUGCUGAUGCUAUGUAUUGACCAUUGAGAGGCUUUGAAGCCACUGGUCGGCAUAGCCGCGGGAAGUAUGGGUACUGAGGCUGCAGUACUUCUAUAGUACUUGUAUGUUACUUGUAUAUUACUAAUAUAAGUCAUAUAACUGUAUUGCCAACCAUUGCCAUUUGCAAAUGAACAAAUCCACUCAAUGUUAGUUUUAUGUCAUCCGUUUACAUUUACGUCAUUUAGCAGACGCUCUUAUCCAGAGCGACUUACAAAUUGGAUGUGCACAUUUUUUUUGUUAUUGUGAUUUCACUAUUGACACCAAACACACAUUUUUGCCAAACAUUUUCAUAAUAUAAUAAAUAUUUAAUGUUAUAUUGCCUCUGAAAAUACUUUAGGUAAAGCCUUUCACAGCCAAAGAUAGGAUUUAUGGCAAAUCUUUGAGUUUUCUCUGCAGAACAGAAUACUCAACACAGAUGUGAGGGAAUAUACUACCUCUUUUGAAUCAAGUGGAUUUUUGGGCUCAUAAUAAACAGUUAAUCUGUGGCCUAGCUGUCUAGCGGUCUAAGCCGCUGCCCCAGAACACAUACAUUUACAUUUUAGCAGACGCUCUUAUCCAGAGCGACUUACAGUUAGUGAAUACAUAUUUUUUUAUACUGGCCCCCCGUGGGAAUCGAACCCACAACCCUGGCGUUGCAAACGCCAUGCUCUAUCAACUGAGCUACAUCCCUGCCGCCAUUCCCUCCCCUACCCUGGACGACGCUGGGCCAAUUGUGCACCGCCCAUGAGUCUCCCGGUCGCGGCCGGCUGCGACAGAGCCUGGAUUCGAACCAGGAUCUCUAGUGGCACAGUUAGCACUGCGAUGCAGUGCCUUAGACCACUGCGCCACUCAGGAGUACUGCUGCAGCAUGGGUUCGAAUUCAACCCACUGCUAUUUCAGCACUUUCUCCUCCUGUCUUCCCUCUCUAUCUCUACCAUGUCCAAUAAACCCCCAAAAUAUGAGCAGAAUGGGACUGCCUUUAUAAACAUCUAAUCUCUGGUUGCAGCUGCGUCUGAGCGGUGGGCGGAACCCAUUUGAGGGGCGCGUGGAGGUGCUGGCGGAGAAGAACGGCUCGUUGGUGUGGGGCACGGUGUGCAGUGACAGCUGGGGCACCAUAGAGGCUACAGUCGUGUGCAGACAGCUGGGUCUCGGUUUUGCCAACAACGCCUUCCAGGUGAGUUUAUACAAAUCAAAAUCUCAUCACAUUGGCUGGUCAGCCAGACAAUCAAGAGCCUAACAUUCUUUGACAAAGGGUACAUUUCACACACAAAAACAUUAUGUAGAUAUACUGUACAGUAAAACUAUUACUAUUUAUAUGCUUCUGUGUAAGUAUCAACAACAUGUCAUAAUAUUAAAGGGUUAAUUAUACCUUUUGUAUGAUUUUGUGAUUGGACCACACAGAUAAGCUUGGGUUUUCCCCCUAGUGUGGAUGUUGGGGAAAUAGUCUUCGUAAUACUUUGUAAAAGUACGUAAAAUCUGGUCUUCCUCUAUUUCAAGUGGGCCUCAGUUAUAUACGUUAGAGCCACCAGCAAACCCCAUUUAUCCAUUUGGCGCUUAUAUACGUCCUUUCGCUGUAAACAGCUGGAGAUGUUCACUAAAGGAAAGUAAAAGGGGCUCCGACCUUAGAGCUUAUAGUCUCCACACUGAAGGAGGUGAUGGAGUGAGGAGUGGCUACAGGCUAGUCCGGGAUACUAUAAACUUCACAUGUACAGGCCUGUGACUAUAUGGCAUAGGUGAACAGUGUACAUUUGGUGGUGGGGAGUUCAUUCCUGCUCUUUGAAGUUUAAUUGGCCCACCACAAUCAGCAAACUGUAUAUAGGCUACGUACACUUAUCUGCUGCUGAUUAGUGCUGCCAUUUUCAUUAUUUGUUGUAUUUAAAGGGUGAUUCAAGAGCUGUCUUUAGUCCCAUGGUGUGUGAUACACCACUCUAAGGAAAGCCCUCGACACACCACCGAAAGGAAAGCACUAUCUGCGUUCUUUAUUUUAAAAAUCUUGCAGUUCGGUCUACAGUUUGAGACUUUCUCUAAUUUGCAGUGUACUAAGAACUGCUGAAUGCCACUGGCAGUGGUGAUAUAAGUCUGGAAAGUAUUUAUGAAUCAUGGAAUAACUGGGUUUAUGGGAGGGAGAGUUUUAUGAGUGGAAAUUGGACUGGGCUGAUAGAGCUCUUCUGCACAGUAAUUGCGUGAUUGUGUGAUUUUGAUGAUUGUGUACUAAUGCUCGUUUUAAUGGCAGUUUACAUGUGUCAUUAUAUGUUUGGGGAUCCUUUAAAUGUACUUGGACCUAGCACACACACACCCAUGUGCACAGACAGACACUUUCCUGCAGAGAUUCAGACAUGUUAUGUUAACAGAGAGGUUAGUCUGUUACAAAAGCCUGUUGGUGUGGAUAGCAGAGCAGAGCAGAGCGAAGUAGCAGAGCCCAUCCCAGAAGGUGGAGCAGCAGCAGCAGAGUAGAACAGUCCAUCAUCAAGCACACACAGCCUCCUGACAGCCUGCUCUGGUGCCUCUUUCCAGACAGCCUGCUCUGGUGCCUCUUUCCAGACAGCCUGCUCUGGUGCCUCUUUCCAGACAGCCUGCUCUGGUGCCUCUUUCCAGACAGCCUGCUCUGGUGCCUCUUUCCAGACAGCCUGCUCUGGUGCCUCUUUCCAGACAGCCUGCUCUGGUGCCUCUUUCCAGACAGCCUGCUCUGGUGCCUCUUUCCUGACAGCCUGCUCUGGUGCCUCUUUCCAGACAGCCUGCUCUGGUGCCUCUUUCCUGACUGACAGCUCUGAUGCCUCUUUCCUGACAGCCUGCUCUGCGCUCUAAGGUUGCUUCCCAAAUGGCACCCGAUUCCCUAUAUAGUGCACUGGUCAAAAGCAGUGCACUAAGGAAAAUAGGGUACCAUUUGUGACACACACUAAGUGUUUCUGCAGGCAGCGGAACAGACAGAAAAUAUGAUACUAAAGUCUAAAACCCUGUUCCUUCCGUAACCCCCCUCCGUCCCCCGCAACCCACCCACCCUUACUCCUUCCGUGGGAGAUCCUGGAAAUAAUUAGUUUUGCAGGAGUAUUCCUUUAGCUUUGGGCGUUGUCAGAUACAUACAGAUGAUAGCAUAAAGAGGCUGAGUCAGAUCCAUGAGGACAGAUGUAAUACAUUCUCUCUCUCUCUCUCUCUCUCUCUCUCUCUCUCUCUCUCUCUCUCUCUCUCUCUCUCUCUCUCUCUCUCUCUCUCUCUCUCUCUCUCUCUCUCUCUCUCUCUCUCUCUCUCUCAUGCUUCAGUGUUGCUUGCCUCGAAGCGAGCAUAUAAGUAAUUUAGCUCGUCUGGUAGGCUCGUGUCACUGGGCAGCUCGUGGCUGUGCUUCCCUUUGUAGUCUGUAAUAGUUUGCAAGCUCUGCCACAUCUGACGAGCGUCGGAGCCGGUGUAGUACGAUUCAAUCUUAGUCCUGUAUUGACGUUUUGCCCAUUUGAUGGUUCGUCGGAGGGCAUAGCGGGAUUUCUUAUAAGCUUCCGGGUUAGAGUCCCGCUCCUUGAAAGCGUGAGCUCUUCCCUUUAGCUCAGUGCGGAUGUUGCCUUUAAUCCAUGGCUUCUGGUUGGGGUAUGUACGUAUGGUUACUGUGGGGACGACAUCAUCAAUGCACUUAUUGAUGAAGCCAGAGACUGAUGUGGUGUACUCCUCAAUGCCAUCGGAAGAAUCCCGGAACAUAUUCCAGUCUGUGCUAGCAAAACAGUCCUGUAGCUUAGCAUCUGCAUCAUCUGACCACUUCUUUAUUGACCGAGUCACUGGUGCUUCCUACUUUAGUUUUUGCUUGUAAGCAGGAAUCAGGAGGAUAGAGUUAUGGUCCGAUUUGCCAAAUGGAGGGCGAGGGAGAGCUUUGUACGCGUCUCUGUGUGUGGAGUAAAGGUGGUCUAGAGUUCUUUUCCCCUCUGGUUGCACAUUUAACAUGCUGGUCUAUCUUGUGAAGGGGUUUUGGACAAUCACAAUCAACUACAUCUAGGCAGAAGUUACCAUAUCCCAACAAUAGCUGUGCAGUCCCAUGACUUGCAGGGAUGGAAAUGUAGAUAGGGAAACCUCUUGUGGUAGGAUGAUGAAAUUACAGUUUUCCAUCUUGAGUUUGAAGAAUUGAAGCUGGGCCUAUGUUUGAUCAGUUUGUCUGUGUGGUGUUAUUUCUCACUACCAGGAGACAUGGUACUGGUCAGGAGAUGUGAGUGCUGAUGACGUGGUGAUGAGCGGGGUCAGGUGCUCGGGGACGGAGAUGACUCUGGCCCAGUGCCUCCAUCAUGGAAAACACCUCAACUGCCCCCGAGGGGGAGGACGCUUCGCUGCUGGAGUCUCCUGCUCUGAGAGUAAGUCACUGAUAAUAGCGGGGUCGCAUUCAUUAUGGCACACCGUUGGAAAACGUAAAAAAAGAUAUAUAUACUCUACCAGUCAAAGGUUUGGACACACCUACUCAUUCAAGGGUUUUUCUUUAUUUUUACAUUGUAGAAUAAUAGUGAAGACACCAAAACGAUGAAAUAACACAUAUGGAAUCAUGUAGUAACCAAAAAAGUGUUUAACAAAUCAAAAUAUAUUUUAUAUUUGAGAUUCUUCAAAUAGCCACCCUUUACCUUGAUGGCAGCUUUGCACACUCUUGGCAUUCUCUCAAUCAGCUUCAUGAGGUAGUCACCUGGAAUGCAUUUCAAUUAACAGGUGUGCCUCCAUAAAAGUUAAUUUGUGGAAUUUCUUUCCGUCUUAAUGUGUUUGAGCCAAUCAGUUGUGUUGUGACAAGGUAGGGGGGGUAUACAGAAGACAGCCCUAUUUGGUAAAAUACCAAGUCCAUAUUAUGGCAAAGAGAAACAACAGUCCAUCAUUACUUUAAGACAUGAAGGUCAGAACAUUUCAAGAACUUUGAAAGUUUCUUCAAGUGCAGUUGCAAAAUGCGCUAUGAUGAAACUGGCUCUCAUGAGGUCCGCCACAGGAAUGGAAGACCCAGAGUUACCUCUGCUGCAGAGGAUAAGUUCAUUAGAGUUACCAGCCUCAGAAAUUGCAGCCCAAAUAAAUGCUUCACAGAGUUCAAGUCACAGACACAUCUCAACAUCAACUGUUCAGAGGGGACUGUGUGAAUCAGGCCUUCAUGGUCGAAUUUCUGCAAAGAAACCACUACUAAAGGACACCAAUAAGAAGAAGAGACCUGCUUGGGCCAAGAAACACGAGCAAUGGACAUUAGACCGGUGGAAAUGUGUCCUUUGGUCUGGAGUCUAAAUUGAGAUUUUUGGUUCCAACCGCCGUGUCUUUGUGAGAUGCGGUGUGGGUGAACGGAUGAUCUCCGCUUGUGUAUUUCCCACUGUAAAGCAUGGAGGAAGAGGUGUUAUGGUGUGGAGGUGCUUUGCUGAUGACACUGUUUGUGAUUUAUUUAGAUUCCAGGUGAAGCUGGUUGAGAGAAUGCCAAGAGUGUGCAAAGUUGUAAUCAAGGUAAAGGGUGGAUAUUUGAAGAAUCUCAAAUAUAACAAAUAUUUUGAUUUGUUUAACACUUUUUUGGUUACUACAUGAUUCCAUAUGUGUUAUUUCAUAGUUUGUCUUCACUAUUAUUCUACAAUGUAAAAAAAAUAAAAAAAAUAAAGAAAACCCCUUGAAUGAGUAGGUGUGUCCAAACUUUUGACUGGUACUGUAUAUAAUAAUAAUAAUAAUAUUAAUAAUAAUGUUGUUCUUGGACAAGUCCAUUUUACCCCAAAAAAGUGUUGGUUGGCCAUUUUGCUGUUGUUUGAAUCCUUGAUUGGGUCUCUAUUCAAAGUGUGGGCUCUAAACUCUGUAUUAACAACAACAACCUCUCUUCGGCAUACAGCGGCCCCAGACUUGGUUCUAAACGCCCAAGUGGUGGAACACACCACGUACCUGGAGGACCGGCCAAUGUACAUACUGCAGUGUGCCAACGAGGAGCACUGUCUGUCCAGCAGCGCCGCCACCGCCACAACCUCCUCCUACCGCCGCCUGCUGCGCUUCUCUUCCCAGAUACACAACAACGGACUGACAGACUUCCGCCCAAGGGCCGCACACCACUCCUGGGUCUGGCACGAGUGCCACAGGUAGAGUAACAUGGGAGGAUGAAUUCCUGUGUCCUUCAGUUUAGUCAUUGAGUUAAGUAGUGGAAGAUAUGAUAAAGGGGGGUUGGACAAUGGCAUGCAAACGACCAUCGUUGUGAGUGUUACAUGAGUUGAGAACAAUCACGUGCUGCAAAAAAAGUCCUCUGGAGGUUGUCAUUGUUGCAGUCUUGUGAGAUCAUAGAUUUGUGGUCUAUGAUUUGUGGUACCUGCUGUGGUUGUACAGAAGCUGGUUAUGGUGAUGAUAAAGAGGGUGGUGAUGAUGAUGAUUGACUGUCUCUGUCUCCCUGUCCAGGCACUACCACAGCAUGGAGGUGUUCACCCACUAUGACCUACUGAGCCUCAACGGCACCAAGGUGGCAGAGGGACACAAGGCCAGCUUCUGUUUGGAGGACACCCAAUGUGAAGAGGGUAAAGAAGCUUUAAUGUGAAAAACAAAUUAUGAAUAUUAUCAUGACAAACCUCUUGUCUAUGUUCCUGAUUCUCUGCUUUAGUACUGUUGUCUCUCUGGCAGGUAUUGAGAAGAGGUACGAGUGUGCUAACUUCGGGCAGCAGGGCAUCACUGUUGGCUGCUGGGAUACGUACAGACACGACAUCGACUGUCAGUGGAUAGACGUGACAGACGUUGUGCCAGGAGACUACAUCUUCCAGGUGAGAAUCUUAUUUAAAGUUGUCUUAUUUCAAAACCGUCCCCCCCCCCACCCCAUAAUUUAAAAUAACAAUUAUGUUAAUAUAGGCAUGCGAGUCUCUACAUCCAAAUAUGAUAUGGGAACAAGGUGCUUGUAUAACAUGAGAAUCUUAUACGCUGAACAAAAAUGUAAAGUGUUGGUCCCAUGUUUCAUGAGCAGAUAUAAAAGAUCCCAGAAAUGUUCCAUAAGCACAAAAGUCUGAUUUCUCUCAAAUUUUGUGCACACAUUUUUUACAUCCCUGUUAGUGAGCAUUUCUCCUUUGCCAAGAUAAUCCAUCGGCCUGACAGGUGUGACAUAUCAAGAAGCUGAUUAAACAGCAUGAUCAUUACACAGGUGAACCUUGUGCUGGGGACAAUAAAAGGCCACUAAAAUGUGCAGUUUUGUCACACGACACAAUGCCACAGAUGUCCCAUUUUGAGGGAGCGUGCAAUUUGCAUUCUGACUGCAGGACUGUCCACCAGAGCUGUUGCCAGAUAAUGUAAUGUUUAUUUCUCUACAAUAAGCCACAUCCAACGUCAUUUUAGAGAAUUUGGCAGUACAUCCAACUGGCCUCACAACAUUAGACCACGCGUAACCACGCCAGCCCAGGACAUCCACAUCCGACUUCUUCACCUGCGGGAUCGUCUGAGCCCAGCCACCCGGACAGCUGAUGAAGCUGUGGGUUUGCUCAACCGAAUUAUUUCUGCACAAACUGUCAGAAACCGUCUCAGGGAAGCUCACCUGCGUGCUCAUCGUCCUCACCAGGGUCUUGACCUGACUGCAGUUUGGCGUCGUAACCGACUUCAGUAGACAAAUGCUCACCUUCGAUGGCCUCUGGCACGCUGGAGAAGUGUGCUCUUAAUGGAUGAAUCCCGGUUUAAACUGAGCGGUUUUCUGAUGUCAACGUUGUGAACAGAGUGCCCCAUGGUGGCGGUGGGGUUAUGGUAUGGGCAGGCAUAAGCUACGGACAACGAACACAAUUGCAUUUUAUCGAUGACAAUUUGAAUGCACAGAGAUACUGUGACGAGAUCAUGAGGCCCAUUGUCGUGCCAUUCAUCCUCCCCCAUCACCUCAUGUUUCAGCACGAUAAUGCACUGCCCCAUGUCGCAAGGUUCUGUACAAAAUUCCUGGAAACUGAAAAUGUCCCAGUUCUUCCAUGGCCUGCAUACUCACCAGACAUGUCACCCAUUGAGCAUGUUUGGGAUGCUCUGGAUCAACACGUACAACAGCGUGUUUCAGUUCCCGCCAAUAUCCAGCAAAUUCGCACAGCCAUUGAAGAGGAGUGGGACAACAUUCCACAGGCCACAAUCAACAGUCUGAUCAACUCUAUGUGAAGGAGAUCUGCCGCACUGCAUGAUGGUGGUCAUACUAGAUACUGACUGGUUUUCUGAUCCACGCCCCUACCCUUUCUUUUUAAAAGGUAUCUGUGACCAACAGAUACAUAUCUGUAUUCCCAGUCAUGUGAAACCCAUAGAUUAGGGCCUAAUGAAUUUAUUUCCAAAGACUGAUUUCCUUAUAUGAACUGUAACUCAGUAAAUCUUUGAAAUUGUUGCAUGUUGCGUUUAUACUUUUGUUCAGUGUAAUAAGCUUGGAGUAGUGACAGUUCUUCUUUCCACUUUUUGUUCCGUGGCGUUAACUGGAGUCGAUUAAUUUCAAUGGAAUCCACUGUUACUCAUUCAGCUGGUCACUCUCCCAGCAUUUUAUAAUUGUUACAAUUUCACUAAUGGUUGCUGCCAAAGCAGAUCUGUCUUUUAGUCAUAGCAAGAGUAUGUGGGUGCUCUGAUGACAUCAUCAAUACGUUGUUUCUCUCCCUAGGUUGUGAUCAACCCAAACUAUGAGGUAGCAGAGUCCGACUACACCAACAACAUUAUGAAGUGCAGGUGUCGAUAUGACGGCCACAGGAUAUGGAUGUACAACUGUCAUAUAGGUAAGAGACUGGAGAUAACAGUGGAGAUUACUGGCCACAGCCUUAUUGAAUGUGAUGGACACUUGUCAUGUUCAAAGCCAUUGUCUAUGGAUGACCACAUUCUGAAGAGACUUAAAUUCAUAGAGUAAAUAAAUGCGUGAAAAGGCAAUCGCAAAAUUCAAAUAAACGUUUUAAUAGUAUGGCAUCCCGGUCUUGAUCAAGGACAGACUUUUCACCUUGACGGUUCAGUUAUUCAAACCAGCAACCUUUCGAUUACUGGCCCAACACUCUAACCGCUAGGCUACCUGCCUCAUCAAGUGUAAAGCUCAACUUAAACGUUUCAGAUGUUUGUGCGUGGCAGUUAACAUUUAAAAAGAAAAUCAACCAUUUUAUUCUGCCUGGAAUUUCAUAUUUUGAGAAAAUAACAGUGCUUAUGAAAAUAGAUUUCACCCCUGUUAUGAUGAGGUUCUCGGGUAUCAAGUAAUUCAUGAUGUAAGAAUAUACUUAGACACUUUUGAUGGGGAGUUCAUAUAAGUAUUUAAUAGGGAUGUAGCUCAGUUGGUAGAGCAUGGCGUUUGCAACGCCAGGGUUGUGGGUUCGAUUCCCACAGGGGGCCAGUAUGAAAAAUAAAAAUAAUGUAUGCACUCACUAACUGUAAGUCGCUCUGGAUAAGAGCGUCUGCUAAAUGACUAAAAUGUCAAAUGUAAUAGGUACCAUGGUUCAGGGCUCUGCCUCUUGCCAUUUCGAACUACUGAACAAAGACCAUAUCUCACUUAUAUACCCUCUGUUACACGUUUCUUCAACCACAUCUGUUAACCAUCAGUCGGCACUCCCUUCUUUGAUGUUAUUACUCUUUGUUAUUACCCCAAGUCAGUAUAUCCUGUCCAUCAAUCAUUCUAAGAUCAACAUCAGUAAUCUCCUUUGACAUAAUGGAAUGUAGACUCUGUGGCACCAAGUCACUUAUCUACUAACUCUAACCUGGUCCACACAACACUAUGAAAACAUCAUAUCAACCCCUCAACACGUUUUUAGUUUAUUGUUCUUCACAGUUGUUAAUUGAACAUUUCACAUCAUGAAUGCCUAAUUUACACCCUAGGUACGUACGCAACGUAAGAGCACAAUUAGUUGUGCAAAAUGGUGAUCCUGAAAAGUUGUGUCAAGUUACAAAUUAAGUCGCUGCAGUUUUUUAAAUCAAAUCAAACUUUAUUUACAUAGACCGUUUUACAAAGUACAUUAAUCACCCAUAUAUUUAUCUGAAACCUAUAACAUGAAUGAUACAGAGUUGCUUUGCUUUCCUAACAGAAUUGUCCAUAUCCUGCCUUUUUAUUCCCAUCUCCAGACAGAAGAUCUGUGUUAAUUUAAUUAUCUUUACGUUUUCUUAAGUCACUGCACAUGUUUACGUAUUUUUGCUAUGCAAGUAUGCAGGGUAUAAAUUAGACUUAAUAGGAAUCACAGGAGAUUGGUGGCACCUUAACUGGGGAAGACGGGCUCGUGGUAAUGGCCUGGAGCGGAAUAGUAUCAACUACAUCAAACAUAUGGUUUCCAUGUGGUUGAUACCAUUCCAUUAGCGCCGUUCCAGACAUUAUUAUGAGCCGUCCUCCCCUCAGCAGCCUCCACUGAUAGGAAUUAUACAACUGGUGCAUCUGUUUGCGAUGCAUCACCAACUCUGAGUAUUAACUUAUCCAUCUAUGUAUGGAUGCAUCCAGGGUGUUAAACUGACAUGUUAAGUGUUUGGCAUAGAACAAAUGACAAAGUAAAAUACAGUAAUAACUGUCGACGCCCCCCACUCCAUAGUAGAACACAAUGCCCCAUCCCCUUUAAAACACUAUAGGGCCAAAAGGAGAUAAACCAAGCUGUACUGAGUUGGCCUAGUUACAGAUCCACCAUAGUUGUUGGAACCAUGCUAGAAAAGACUACGUGAAAAUAAAAUAUCCAAGCCAGCAUAGUAUGGUUUCGGUUGGCCCUAUAGUGUGAAUCAGGCACUUGAGUACUACAAUGGCAUUAACAAUAGGAACUUGAAAACAGGAACAAUCCAUAGGAUGGAAGUGGUCUGCCAGUUAUUUAUCAGUGAGGACAUCUGUAGUUGUGUAGUCCAGUUGUAGCCUGGCAUUCCUGUAAAAGCUCAUUAAAACAAUCAGUUCAAGGCUUGUGAAGACUUCAGUGAGUGAAGUAUUUCUACCAUUGUAACUAUAUAGACUCAUUUCUAUUGCUAUUCAAACUGUGCCCACUAUUAAAUGAGUGCAGUUCUUCACGUGUCCCGUUUGUCUCUCCUCUUCAGGUGGCUCAAUGAGUUCUGAGUCAGAGGAUUCCUCUUUCCGUGGCCUCAUGAAUAACCAGCUGGGACACAGGUAGUGUGGACGGACUCAAUGGAAAGACCGGGAGGAACAUUUUAUUUUGCGAAACUGAUGAGAAUGUCCAGCAAGACUGUUGUGAAAUUACCAACCACUAGAGAGAGCUGUACCGGCUUUUCCCUCCCUAUUGGUGAUGGAUGAAAAUUGAAAAGCAUAGCUUACCUCAGUGUCAACGUUUUAUAUAAGGAAGUUGCAGACGAAAAAACCCUGUUUUAAAGAACCAGCUUGAAGAAGCAACUCUGUCUUUACUGAUCUCACACAUUUCUGUCACAUGUACAGUGGAGUGCUGGUGCUAUCAAAUAAGAGCUAUAUAUUUACAUGUAUCCAACCUUUCUGGUCCAUCGUAAGGAAGAAAUAAAUAUUUUUCAACACCUGCUGCACUUUGAGACAGUGUACUGUAUUGUUGAUUUUUAUUUUUUAAGGACAUUGUUGAGCAGGCAAUUAGCUAUGCACCUAUGAACAAUGGCAUAACACAGUUUAACUUGACUCCCCCCACCCCGCAAGGUCAUACUUCGGCCCUUUUUCUGUUCAAGCCCUCAAGAACUGUUGUCUGCUAAAGAUGAUAAACUGUUUGCAUCUGUCAGUUUAUUGGCUGUCCAGUAUGCAUACGACCUGUCCCCAGAGUAGUGCUGAGCGAUUAACAGAAUUUUGUUAUUUUUCGGUUUUUAAACAACAAAUUGACAGACGUCGGUUCAAUUAUUUGAAUUUCAUUUUAUUCUGUUUUUUUCUGUGAGCUCAAUGCACAAAGUUUCUCUAGAGAUAAAUCAGAUAUGUUCUGUUUCUUUGACAACUGCUACACAAGAGAGAAGAAUGCGCGAUCGUUAGGGGAUAUAGAGAGCAGCUGUUGCUUCGAGAGGUAUCUCUACUUGAAAAUACAUGACCUAAGUGAUUGAUAGUUGGUAUUCAGCAGUCAUAAAAGUAUGCCUUAUUUAAUUUGAAGAACUACAAAAUAGUGAUUUUGUCAGAUAGCAUAGGCAGCAAUAAUUUUUUCAUAAUUGAACAGAAACUGAACAGACUUCAAAAACACUAAUCGCUCAGCACUACCUCAGAGCUUCCUAUACAGUUAGUCUCUUUCCGUAAUGUGUUGAGGCCGGCAAUUAAGAAGAAAGAGAGGCUCAAUUAAAGUUAUGCUUCAAAUACUUAAGUUCUGAAACAACUCCCUUCUGCCCAGUUUCCCUUAUGUCGCUACGACAAUCAAGCUUUUUUUACCAUCCCUGUAACUGUCACUUCUGCGGAUAUUAUUUUCUCAACUAAAACUCAUAUAGAACUACCUAAGAAGCAUUACUUGCUGACCACACCGUGCAUGUUGAUUUUGUCCACCCACACCAGAUGCGAUCAGGACACGCAGGUUGAAAUCUCAAAAUGAACUCUGAACCAACUAUAUUAAUUUGGGGACAGCUUGCUGUUGCUAGCUAAUGUGUCCUGGGAUAUAAACAUUGGGUUGUUAUUUUAACUGAAAUGCACAAGGCCCUCUACUUCGACAAUUAAUCCACAGAUAAAAGGGUAAACCGAGUUCAUUUCUAGUAAUCUCUCCUCCUUCAGGCUUCUUCUUCUUCAGACUUUAUAUGGCGGUUGGCAACCAACUUUAAGGUGCAUUACCACCACCAACUGGACUGGAGUGUGGACCUCAGUUCAUCUUUCAAUCACCCAUGUGGGUAUAUGCUCCUAAAAACCAAUGGGGAGAGGCGGGACUUGCAGCGCAUCAAGCAUCACAAAUAGAACCAAGUUCUAUUUUAGCGCCUGGCUACGCAGACGCUUGUUGAUGCGCGCGAGCAGUGUGGGUGCAAUCAUUGAAUAACAUGUAUGUGUACAUUUAUUUUGCAACGCGGGCGGUGUGGUCAGUAUGUUAGGCUCUCGGUCUGAUAUGCGCUUUUGAACACCUGAGUAAAAUCCACUCAUUGCACUGGGGCCGUCGUAGCCUUAACCAUGGCAUUUGUUCACUGAUAUCCCCUCAUACUCAGUUUAUUUUGAAUUUUUCACUUUUUCAGUCACAUUCCUGAAGCCCAAGAAACAAACACUUAGCUUCCUAAUACAUAUGGAAAUUAAAAAAGGUUUAUGAAUGACUGAGGGUUACUGUCAAAAUUAUGUUAAUUUAAAUUUUAAAAAGUAGGACGUCGAUGACGGACGCAUGGGCCAACAGCCUUGCAGGGGCUGCCCGGUACGUCAGUGCCUAUGAAGUGGGGGUGGGGAAAGUAGCGAAAGAGUCUUACUUCCUCUGAGAAUAUUAUUUCAAAGUCUAUGACGUGACAAUGUGGCAGAAGCCAUUGUGAAUAUAAAUAGGAAGAACAUAUGUAUUAUUUCUUGCUGUACAGUAAUCACUAAGGAUAAGGCAGUAUUAUUACAACCAUACAGCUACCACUUAGGAGCAACUUUUUUUCCCCUCUUUGUUUUUCAUUAUCAAACCUGUAUUUGUACAUCUCUAAAGAGGCAAUGAGCAUUUAAGGCAGAAUCCCAACUUAAAAUGUACAUAAACUCUUGUCCAAAUCAGCCAAACAGCAUGAUUUAGGUAAAAGUUAGUUAGUUAUUCAUGCAAUUUGUGUUGGGAUUCUGACCCAAGUUAACAUACUGUAUCUUGCAAUCACUUAAUAUAGCAACUCUGGUAAUAUAUUUAAUAACUUUAAUCUUAGGAUCCUAAGAUAAACAUACAUUUUAGUCUUAUCAGCAUAUUUUUGCUCAGCUUAGUUCAUUUUUCAAACAUCCAUUUUAUGAAAUGACUACCGUCAGGGACUCUUAUCUGUUUGUUUUCUCAAUUGUACAAGUCACAAAUGACGUGAAAAUGCAUCUUUGCAUUCUUUUGUCCUAUUUUUGUGAUACUGCAACUACAGGGCCCUUUAUUUUACAAGGGUGCUCUUUACUAGAUGGGUGAUUAUUCUAUACUGUAUACACAUUUGAAUGUUUUAAAGCAUUUUGUGCUUGCAUCAUGUUUUCUCUAAUAAAAAGAAUUAAACAAGCAAACCAUGACAUGUUCUUGUAUUGAUUUCUUAAACAGAGACUCAGCAAUAUGACGUGAUCAUGAGCAGCAAUGUGAACAAAAUCUAUUGCAGAGUAAUGCAGUUUAGUCGUCCCGAUACUGUGGCUUACUUUGUGUAUCUCUGAGCCUACAUCUCACCUGCUGUUGCGGUCAGAAACGUUGUGAGCGCGCUCUACCUCUCUGCAGCACCAAGGCUCUGGUCACCAUUCUCCGGACCACCGCAGAGUCUGUCCGUGGCCUCUCCUUUAACGGCUGGAUAAACUCUGGGAAAUACAGAAGGACUUUACAUUACAGCAAGGAAAGUGGUAAUAACAUG